AUGCCACUAAAGUCAGGUGACCAAUCAGAGCCAAGGAGCAGCAGAACUACAAAUAAAGAAGGUGCUCCGGUCACACCACGCCAAAACUCAACCUCCCGACGCCAAAACUCAACCUCCCGACGCCAAAACUCAACCUCCCGGCACACCACGCCAAAACUCAACCUCCCGGCACACCACGCCAAAACUCAACCUCCCGACGCCAAAACUCAACCUCCAGACGCCAAAACUCAACCUCCCGGCACACCACGCCAAAACUCAACCUCCCGGCACACCACGCCAAAACUCAACCUCCCGACGCCAAAACUCAACCUCCCGGCACAGCACGCCAAAACUCAACCUCCCGAUGCCAAAACUCAACCUCCCGACGCCAAAACUCAACCUCCCGGCACAGCACGCCAAAACUCAAACUCCCGGCACACCAAAACUCAACCUCCCGGCACACCAAAACUCAACCUCCCGGCACACCAAAACUCAACCUCCCGACGCCAAAACUCAACCUCCCGGCACAGCACGCCAAAACUCAACCUCCCGAUGCCAAAACUCAACCUCCCGACGCCAAAACUCAACCUCCCGGCACAGCACGCCAAAACUCAACCUCCCGAUGCCAAAACUCAAACUCCCGGCACACCAAAACUCAACCUCCCGGCACACCAAAACUCAACCUCCCGGCACACCACGCCAAAACUCAACCUCCCGGCACACCACGCCAAAACUCAACCUCUCGACGCCAAAACUCAAAGUCCCGGCACACCAAAACUCAACCUCUCGGCACCAAAACUCAAACUCCCGACGCCAAAACUCAACCUCUCGGCACGCCAAAACUCAACCUCUCGGCACACGACACCAAAAUUUAACUUUUUGACCUAA